UACUUCCACCAAACAGCUCAACUGCUCACAUUAGACCCAAAAUUACUGUGUGUCAGCGCCUAUUACAGCAACGCCUUCAACCACACCGCCCUCGACCCCACGCGUCUCUACAGGGUCCACGGAGCCCCUGCCUAUGGCUGGAUGGUCAGGAGAAAAGUGGCAAAUGAGAUGAUCAACAACUGGGUUCCUAUGAACAUGAGUGCGGACUGGGACCUGUGGGUGAGGUAUAACGUGAUGGGUGAUCGGGACAUCCUGGUGCCGGAGAUCCCACGCACCAAGCACCGUGGGGGAGGGGGAGUCCACGUCACCGGUAUAGAACAAGAGCAGUACUACAACCAGCGGCCCCUCAACGUUCUCCUCAACGUCACCCUCGACCUCCACGGGGCAGAGCUGAACAACUACCUCAAGUUGCACACAAACAACAUCCGUACAGGACAUGUGGUGCACUUCAGUAAGCACCCGUGUGUGGAGCUGCCCAUACCCCGGCACCAGAUGAACCAGAGCUACGUGGUGUUCGUGAACAUGCCAUUCGAGAAACAUGUCUAUUGGGCCUACUACGUUGUCGCCAGGUGUCUGGGGCUAGACGAUCAUUACUUCCUCGAGAACCUGGAUAUGAUGUACACAACUUCCUUCUUCGGUAACCAGCUCUACAUCAUCGGCUGUCCCAACUCUCCCUUCUGCAUGACUAAGAGAGCAGAAAACAUCUAUAGCGCGACUCUGGAAGAUAUGAAAUACGCUGAAUCUUUUCCAUUUAGGAAGAUACCCAUAAUUGAGCAUCUGGCUGUAAGGAAACCAACACGUUCGUUCUCAGAAGAGCUAAUUCUCAAAAGCCGCUUCCAUUACUACUUUGUAUAAUGGACCGUGCAUCUGUGUG